AUGUCGUCUAUGAAGGUCGCUGUUGCCGGAGCUAGCGGUGCUGCUGGGAUCCCUAUUAUCCAGGAGCUCCUCGCCGCCGGCCACUUUGUCAUAGCCUUGACUCGAGUUGGAAGUCCAGGCUCCAGGCUCCCCAAACAUCCACACCUGGGUAUUGCCGAGGUUGAUUACGACUCUAUUUCUUCGCUCACAGAGACCCUCAAAGGCCACACAGCCGUUGUGGCCUGUGGCCUGCUUUUCCAGGAUAAUCUCAUCGAUGCCUCCAUUGCCGCAGGAGUGACUCGGUUCUUCCCAGCGAAAUUCGGCACAGACACGGAUAACCCCAAGGCUGCACAACUCCCGGUAUUCGCGAACAAGAUCCACGCUUUCGAUUACCUCAAGGACAAAGUCGCCGCGAACCCAGAAUUCAGCUAUACCGCUUUCUGCCCCGGGAUGUUUCUCGACUGGGGGUUGGAACAUGGCUUCUUGGUCGAUCGAAAACACACUGCCACUGUGUAUGAUGGCGGCGGCCUUCCCUUCAGCACGACAACCUUGCCGACCAUCAGCAACGCGGUUGUUAGCAUUCGUUCUCAGCUUGAGGAGACCAAAAACCGGCACGUGUAUAUUCACGAUGCGCUGGUAACUCAAAAUCAGCUCAUCGCCAUCGCCAAGAAAAUCGAUGGGAAGGAAUGGGACCUCACCCACACCACCACUGCUUCUACGGAAACCAGUGCGUAUGAGGAGCUCCAGAAGGGCCAGCAGGACAUCGCGAAGAAAAUCUUCCCGCGCUGCACCUCUUCAUCCUGGCUGAGGGAUACGGCGGAGACUUUUCAGGCCGUCUAG